AUGGAAGGAGGAGGUGUCAGAAGCGGGGAUGAUAGGAUAAGCUUAUUACCUGAAGAUUUGAUGUGUAACAUAGUAAGCUUUCUUAGGCCUAAAGAUGCUGUUAGGACAAGUGUUUUGUCCUCUAGAUGGAGAAAUCUUUGGCUAAAAGUUUCUACAUUGGACUUGAACGUCGCUCAUAUUCGAAACUACGAUGCAUGUGUGAGUUUAAUCGAUAUGUUCCACAAGUACGGGUCAUACUUGAGUACAUUCAAGUUAACCUUUGAUCAAGAUAUCUGUGGCCAUAACUUUUCACCUUUGGAGCCAUGUCUCAGUAGAGUGCUUAUUAACCAAUUCAGCAAAUUGGUAUGCUUAAGGCUAAGUUUGGUUAGGUUGAAUGGUUUUGAGUCACUUGAGUUUCCUUGUCUCAAGAUUAUGAACUUAUCUCAUGUCAAGUUUCCCUCCAAUGACGCUGCAACGAUGCUAGUUCCAUGCUCUCCGGUUCUCGAAGAGUUAGUAAUACGUAGGGCAUUAAAUACUAUAGCGGAGUUAGAUUUACGCGUUUGCUCUAAGUCACUAGAGAGAUUAUCUCUCUCACUCUUUUAUUAUGCUGAUAAUAAAGGCGGUGGAACCGCAGCUGUGAUCGAUGCUCCGAGACUCAAAUAUCUGAGCCUCAAAGCUAGCCAACACGAAAUCAUCAGAAUAAUCAAUAUCAGUCCUUUGGCCACGAUUGGUCUUGAUGUACUAGACUUUGCUUCGACUGAUGAUAGUUGUAAGUUUAGGGAAAGAAAUAGCUUAUAUAAUCUACUCACCAAUGUCUCAAGUGUUGGAGAUAUGACCAUCUCAAGGGAGACUCUUAUGUUGAUCCAUCAUAUGAGGGACUUUAACCCAUUGCCCAAUUUUUAUGACUUGUCUCGUUUGAGCGUUACUAUGCACUCAUAUGAGUAUCAGGAACUGUUGCCAUUUUUUCUUGAGAGCUGCCCCAAUAAGGAAACAAAACUCUCCAGACUCUUACCUUGUUGUUUGUUAUCUUCCUUUGAAUCUGUUGAUAUCAAAAGCCCGAUCACAAAGAAAGGAACUGAACUAAAACUAGUUAGAUACUUUCUGAAGAACUCAGCAACACUGAAGAAGCUUGUGUUACGUUUGAAUCAGUCUUAUGGAGAGAAACAGGAGUUUCAACAACUGCUUGAAUAUCCACGUGUCAAUUAG